AUGGAUUCGGAAAAACUUAGAGAUGUAAAAAAUCAUAUUCUUUUUGAAGUAUCAGUGGAAGUAUGUAAUAGGGUUGGUGGUAUUUAUUCAGUUUUGAAAUCAAAAGCACCAGUAACAUCUUUGGAAUAUUCUUAUGAUCGCUAUAUUGCUAUUGGGAAAUUUACUCAGUCUGCAAUUAAUUUCGAAGUUGAACAACUUAGUACUGAGGAUCAACCCAUACUUCAUAAAACAUUACAAUAUAUGAAAAAUAGAGGUAUAAGUUAUACUUAUGGAAGAUGGCUUAUUGACGGGGCGCCUCGUGUGCUUUUAUUCGAUAUAGGCAAUGCCUUCCAUUGGCUAAAUGAAUGGAAGGGCGAUUUAUGGAAUACUACUGGUAUUCCAUCUCCUCCUGAUGAUUCAGAAACUAAUGAUGCUAUUGCUUUUGGUUAUAUAGUAGCUUGGUUUUUGGGCGAGUUUAUUUCUCAUGAAUAUGAAAGAGCUGUUGUAGUGCAUUUUCAUGAAUGGCUUGCGGGUGUAGCAUUGCCUCUUUGUAGAAAACGUAGAUUAGAUUUAACAACUAUUUUUACUACACAUGCAACUAUACUUGGACGUUAUCUUUGUGCUGAUAAUGCAGAUUUUUACAAUAAUUUGCAAUACUUUGAUGUAGACUAUGAAGCUGGUAAACGAGGGAUUUAUCAUAGAUAUUGUAUAGAGCGUGCUGCGGCUCAUAGUGCAGAUGUUUUUACUACAGUAUCGCAUAUUACUGCUUAUGAAAGUGAACAUUUGUUAAAAAGAAAACCAGAUGGUGUUUUGCCUAAUGGUCUUAAUGUUGUAAAAUUUGCAGCUGUUCACGAGUUUCAAAAUCUUCAUGCUACAUUUAAGCAAAAAAUAAAUGAGUUUGUACGUGGCCAUUUCUAUGGACAUAAUGAUUUUGAUCUUGAUAAUACAUUAUAUUUUUUUAUAUCCGGAAGAUAUGAAUAUAGAAAUAAAGGUGUUGAUUUAUAUAUUGAAAGUCUUGCUCGGCUAAAUGAACGUAUGAAGGCAUCUGAUAGCAAAAUGACAGUGAUUGCAUUUAUUAUCAUGCCAGCUGCAACACAUUCAUAUACUGUUGAAGCUUUAAAAGGACAAGCAGUUAUGAAAUCUUUGCAAAAUACCAUUGAACAUAUUCAAAAAGGAAUAGGUCAGCGAAUCUUUGAAAAGUGUUGUCGGCAUUCAAAGGAUUUUGAUGAAAAGUUUAUCGAUACAUCAAGUCUUUUGACAGAUCAAGAUAAAAUUUUGCUAAAACGACGAGUUUUUGCUUUAAAAAGAUCGACAUUACCGCCGAUUGUUACACAUAACAUGGCUGAUAAUAAUGAUCCUAUUUUGACACAAAUAAGAAGAGUUCAAUUAUUUAAUUCUGAUGAUGAUAGAGUCAAAAUAAUUUUUCAUCCAGAGUUUUUGAAUUCUAAUAAUCCGAUAUUGCCUCUUGAUUAUGAUGAUUUUGUUCGUGGAUGUCAUCUUGGUGUUUUUCCAUCAUAUUAUGAACCAUGGGGUUAUACAUCAGCAGAAGCUGUAGUCAUGGGUGUUCCAAGUGUAACAACAAAUAUUUCAGGCUUUGGAUGUUAUAUGGAAAACAUAAUUGAAAAUCCAUCUGAUUAUGGUGUAUAUAUUGUUGAUAGGAGAAUGAAAUCUGUUGAUGAAAGCAUAAAUCAACUUACAAAUAUCAUGUAUAAUUUUACUACUAAAACCCGACGACAGCGUAUUAAUCAACGUAAUCGCUGUGAAAGAUUAAGUGAUUUUUUGGAUUGGAAAAUUAUGGGUCUUGAAUAUAUUAAGGCUCGACAACUUGCAUUGAGACGUGCUUAUCCCAACAGUUUUGAUACUGAUGAUUUAAUAGACAAAAAUAUAGAUCUUUCUCUUGGAACCUUGAUCAAAGUUCCUCAUCCUUUAUCUGCGCCUACGAGUCCAAAGUGCCGAAAUGGUUUUUUAUCUAUACAUAAUCUAGAUGAUAUCCAAAAUAUUCAAUGCCUUAAUACAAGUGAAUAUGCGACAAAUAAGCAUAGCGAUAAUGAUGAUGAAUAAAAAUGAUUAUAUUUCAGA